CGGGCCUCCACAACUCACCGAGACCCACUCGCAAUACGUUUCAGACUUUGCGUCGCAGCGCGGCUCGACACAUCCGGGGCAUCCCUCAGACCCUUCGCAUCUCGUUGCAUGCCCGAUGACGUGCCGGAGACGAACACAACGCAGAGCCUCCGUCCGCCACGGACCAACAGUCCGAGACAACGCAGCCCGGCGACCGCAUGCAGCUGCCGGCACAAGGGCGGAGUGAGGCCGCGGUGUGCAUUGGCAGAACCGCCGCGGUCAGGCCCUGUUGCGCAAGCUCUCGGUCGGGCCCUGUUGCGCAAGCUCUCGGUCAGGCCCUGUUGCGCAAGCUCUCGGUCAGGCCCUGUUGCGCAAGCUCUCGGUCGGGCCCUGUUGCGCAAGCUCUCGGUCAGACCCUGCUGCGCAAGCUCUCGGUCAGACCCUGUUGCGCAAGCCCUCGGUCAGACCCUGUUGCGCAAGCUCUCGGGAGCACACGAACGUCUGUCCAAUGCCCAGGGCCGAGCUACGGCAAGGGAGGCAGAGACCGGGAUAUCCCGACAUGCGGAAGCACGAUUGACGACACAAUCAUUGGGUCUACCCCGCACGAUGCCCUUUGAAUCUACACGGCAAUGCCAGAGUGGCCACCAGCCUAUGGCUCUCUGGGGCCAACGACAGGAGUAGGUACUCGGCUGGGAAGGCGAUUGAUCAGACAUACAUCGAGUCUGCCCACAAAAAGGUCGUCGCCUCGCGAGGAAGUGGUGGCUUGGGAGCGCGCGACUCCACGCCUCACUCCCCACGUCCUUCAAUGCAGGGCCCUCGUGGUUGCAGGGGCCUUCGGAGCGUGCGCAUACCUAGAGAACGCUGGCGUUAUCGAUACCGCCUCACGUCCAGCCGUCGACGUGGCGCG